UCAGUGGUAGCUGAUGGGUGUGCUGUGUAUAAUAAGGCAAAAGAAAGGGCAAUCAAGUUAUGAAAACACCACACAACCCCAGUCUUCAGAAGAAGAAGGUAAAACUGAGGCAGCAACUCAAGAAAUAGGGAAGCCAGAACACUACAUAAAACAUCCGUUACAGAAUAGGUGGGCACUUUGGUUCUUCAAAAAUGACAAACAAACUUGGCAAGCAAAUCUGCGUCUGAUAUCCAAAUUUGAUACAGUGGAAGACUUCUGGGCCCUUUAUAAUCAUAUCCAGCUUUGUAGUAAUUUAAUAUCGGGCUGCGAUUACUCUCUCUUCAAGGAUGGCAUUGAACCUAUGUGGGAGGAUGAGAAAAACAAACGAGGUGGAAGAUGGCUGCUUACCCUUUCCAAGCAACAGAGAAAGACAGAUCUGGAUCGUAUUUGGUUAGAAACUCUGUUGUGCCUUAUAGGAGAAGCAUUUGAUGAGCAUAGUGAUGACGCUUGUGGUGCAGUAGUCAAUGUUAGAAACAAAGGUGACAAAAUAGCUAUAUGGACUACUGAUUGUGAAAAUAGAGAAUCUAUCACAUAUAUAGGGAGAAUUUACAAAGAAAGAUUAGGGCUUCCUCCUAAAGUAGUGAUUGGCUAUCAGUCCCAUACAGAUACUGCCACAAAAAGUGGAUCAACAACCAAGAACAGGUAUGUUGUUUGAGAAGGCACCAGUUAUAUGCUCAUCACUAGAAGACUGGAUGCGUAAAGCAAUCUACACUUCAAAUUAAACCAAAGCUUCUAGUAAGCAGAGUGGGACUGCAUUCUAACAUUACACAAGUGUGUGAGUUUUCAGUCAGUUUUCUAUCUUUGACUUUGUUCAGUAUUCUGUGAAAAUAACCCUUUCCCUUCAAAAUAUUUUAUGAAUCCAUUUGGUUCCUGAAAUUUUCUGAAAGUGUUAAAGAUAGCUUGUAAAGUGAAAUAUUUUAAGAGGUGCAAGUUUUUUUUUAAAUAAUAGAUUUCCUUACACUAAAUGUGACACAAUUUAGACUUUUUGGUGGGUUGGGGCUCGUAUAAACAUUUAGUAAUUUUGGAAGGGAAAGGGUUAAGAUCUUGUCCGAAUGUUGUAGUAUUUAGCAAUUUAGUUCAGUUCUGACUUUUUGUUUUGCACAGCAAACAAGAAGAUUUGCUGUAAUCCGUGCUUAUUUGUUGGCUGUUAGGUUUAAUUUAUUCAUUGGUUUCAAAUUUUAAAAAAGCUCUAAUAACAGCUUGGUUAAUUUAGAUCAUGAGAUGUAAUGCGUGUUUUGGGACUGGGCAUAUAAUUUUAAAUUGGUAGAAUUCAAAAUUUGUCAUAUGCAUUACUUAAAUCCUGCUACAUUAAUACAGAAUUCACCGUUUAAUUUAAACUUUAACUUUGAACAAGCUUUUGCAGUUUAGUGAUUUUUACUUUUUGGGCAAGUGUGGGUUUCUCUUCAAAAAAAAAAGUGUAUUUUGUUUUUUUUAAAAAAAAAUUGCAAUAUGAUGAUUACAUUCCUUGCUCGAGAUGUUGAAAUAUAUUGAAAUCCUCUAUAUGUUUUGUAUUGUUCUGUAUUUUAAAACAUGUAUCCUUGGAAGAAUCUCUAUUUUGCAUUGGUUAUAUAGGCUGAAUUAGGAAAAUGGUCCCAAAAAGCAUACGUAUUAAAAGUGUAAAAACAAAAACUGUGUAAAUAAAACUGUACAGUGAAAUUUCUGGCA